AUGAGACCUAUCCUAUCUGCCACCGGCACUUACAAAUAUGCCCUCGCCAAGUGGCUUGAUGACAAACUGAAGCCCCUGUCAAGUAAUCGCUACACAAUAUCAGAUACCUUCUCCUUCGCCGAUGAGAUUCAAAACCUAGUCAUCGACGAGAAUGACAUUCUGGUAUCCUAUGACGUCACGUCACUAUUCACUAAUGUGCCGCUUCAAGAAACGAUCGAAAUCAUCGCUGAGAAGACGUUCGCUGACAACUGGUUUAAUGCUACACACGACCUCAGCAUUACAAAGCCUAAACUGGUUCAACUUCUGGAAGUUGCAACUAUGAAUCAACUAUUCCAAUUUGAUGGCAAUCUUUACGAGCAGAUCGACGGUGUGGCCAUGGGUUCUCCAUUGGGCCCACUUAUGGCAAACGCAUUUCUCUGUUCCAUCGAAGAAAAACUAGAUCAAGACCACAAGCUCCCUGAAUUUUACAGAAGUUCACCUGCUGGUGAGAGUAAGUUCUAUAUUUAUUCUGCAUUAUCGUUUAUCAUCUGGGUGAGCUAUUUUGAUCCUCAGAAACUCGAGGAUGUUCAGUUAACGCAGUUUGAUAAGGGCGAGAUGAACAACAGUAAUGUGACUGAUGAAGGCAGAUUGCCAGAUUGUCCUCCUUGGGAUACCUCUUCCGCCGCGCUCCAAUGGAUCAAGACCAUUGUGUACCUAUUCAUUCUAUUUUUGGCCCUAUUUGGAAAUACCUCGGUAAUUUGGAUCAUAUUCAGGCAUCGGAGAAUGCGAACAGCAACGAACUAUCUCAUUGCAAAUAUGGCGGUUGGUGAUCUAUUGAUGGCUAUGAUAACCAUGAUACCUCAUGCGGUGAACAUGUUCCGUGGGAGUCACGACUGGGUUAGCGACUCGCUCUUUGGACAAAUAUCCUGCAAACUUUUCCUGUUCACCCAAGGCUCUUCCAUGGCGUGCUCCAUAUUCACUCUAACAGCACUGGCUCUUGAGCGCUUCUUUGCUGUUGUUUUCCCAAUCUGGAAAGUUGUUAAUAUAAAACGAACAAGAUGGCUGGUUGGUUUCAUUUGGAUGGGAUCUAUUGCCUCGGCAUCGCCGUUGUUCUAUGCAGCCAAAGUGAUAAUCUAUGCCGGAGUUCCCUUCUGCCUCGAGGAGUGGGCCCCCGCUUUUGACGGAAAAAGAUCGCAGUCUAUUUUCACCAUUGUGUCAUUUGUGCUCCUCUAUGUAUUGCCUUUACUUUUGAUUUCUGUCUUGUACUCAAUCAUCAUUGCCAAGGUAUGGGGUAGGAAUAUACCGGGUAACGUUACUCCGGCCAACCAGCGGCUCUUGAACAGGUCGAAGAGAAAUGUACUUAAGAUGUUGAUCUCAGUGGUUGUAGCGUUUGCGCUGUGCUGGUGUUUAAUGCACCUUAAUCUGAUUUUGAUGGACUUCACAGACAUUUUCUUGCCUUGUGGUAUCCCUAUAGGACUCCAAACCACUGGUUUUCUUUUUGGCCAUGCAAACAGUGCUAUAAACUGCUGCAUCUAUUUGAUAUUCAGCCAGGAUUUCCGACGAGGAAUGAAGGAUAUACUGAAGCCCCUUUUACCAAACCGAGCGGCGACUUUACUUGUUGAUAACACUCGAGCCGGCUCUUCUUUGGAUGCAACAGUUGAACUCAAAACCAGCUACAGGCAGGGCAGACCGCAAGCGAGAUCAUUUAAAAUCAUACAAGUUUAGACAAACCUUCUUUAAAGGUGUUGCUCGCGAUUUUCUGACUCACCUUCAUUGGUAAAGAGAAAAGAGAAUCACCUUUCAGUGUAAUGAAGCCACGAAGAAAAUCAUUGGCCAAAGUAGAUGACCAGCAAAGAAGUGAGAACAAUCCAAAUGGAAACAAAGAUGGAUUAGCAAUGGAGAAAAUUGACACUAACUGUGAACUGAUGAAUUCGAAAAGAUCGACAAGCCGCAAGGCAGCCAUUAUGAGAAGAGGUCAGAUGGAUACGCAGUGAGGUAACAAUCGUGAGAAAGUUUCAGAGUAGAUGGCGCCAGAGAGGUUCUAUGCUAUGAACUUCUUUAACCUUUAACCCCUAAGGGAGUGACUAACAUCUAAUUUCUCCUUGCAUUAUAACCCCUAAAUCAAACAGUAAGG